GCGCUCGCGCUCCGUCUCCUCCUUCUCCAGCAUCACCGCGCAUUACGUCACCGCCCAAAUCACGUCAUACGUGUGUGUGGAGAUUCUUGCCUCCGCCAAAAGGAUAAACAAAGUGGUAUUAAUGUUAUGGCUGAUCAGUCUAUCUGUCUAAAGUGGCUUGCAAAAGUAUUCAUAUCCCUUGGACCUUUUCACAUUUUGUUACCUUACAACCACAAACUUAAAUAUAUUUUACUGAGAUUUUAUUUUGAUUGGCCUGUUUUGUGAACACCUCACUGGUUUGUUAGAGACCACUUUGUGUUGUAGACACAUGGGGGAUGUGUUGGAUGAUGGAUUGAACAGUGCUCCUUGGGAUGUUCGAGAUAUGUUUUUCUAACCUAACUAUGCUUUUAAACUUCUCCACAACUUUGUGUCUGAGCUGUCUGGUGAGCGCCUUGGGCUUUAUGAUGCUGUUUGUUUACUAGUGUUCUCCAAUAAUCCACAAAGGCCCUCACAAAAAAGGAGACUAAAAUACACACAGCUGGACUCAAGUAAUUAAAGAACUUCUGAAAGAAAUUGAAUGCACUGGAUUUUAUUUAGGGGGGUUCAGAGAGGGUGCUGAAUACUUUUGCAUGUCACAAUUUUUAGGUUUUUAUUUUAUUAAAAAUUUGAAAACCAUGUAUCAUUUUCGUUCAUAUUCCAUUCCACCGUAAACAGUGAAAACUGAACACAUUCUAAUACCAUACUAAACUUUCCCUAUUACACCAACACACCCUGACAGUUCCUUUUUUAUAACAUUCCACCUUAAACAGUAAACAAUUACUGAUACCAUACCAUACUAAACUCCAUCUAAUACAGAAACACACUCUGACAGUUCCUUACUAUUCCAUUCCACUUUAAACAGUGAAAACUGAACACAUUCUGAUACCAUACUAAACUUUCCAUACUACACCAACACACCCUGACAGUAAUUUUUUAUAUCUUUUUUAUGCCACCUUAAACAGUAAACAAUUAGUGAUACCAUACCAUACUAAACUCCAUCUAAAACACCAACACACUUAUUGUUCCUUACAAUUCCAUUCCACCUUAAACAGUGAAAACUGAACACAUAUUGAUACCAUGCUAAACUCCCUCUUAUACACCCAAACGCGCUUAGAGUACCUAUGUCAUUCCAACUUACACAGUGAAAUCUGAACACAUACUGAUGACAUACUAAACUCCCCCUAAUACACCAACACACCCUGACCGUUCCUUACUAUUCCCUUCCACCUUAAACAGUGAAUUUGAAUACAUAUUCUGAACAAUCCUUAAUAUUCCAUUCCACUUUAAAGAGUGAAGUACUGACAUUCAGGUGCUGAUUUGAGUUCUGCAAAUUUUCAUGUUUACCUUAAAUACCUUAGCUCGUUUAAUUUACACAGUCACAGUAACAACGGCUAAUUUGAUGUUUUAGUUCCCCCUAAGUAAAAAAAAGACACAUAUAACAUAAGUAACAUACUUUACUGUGAUUGAGAUACAGCGUCUCUGUUGGCUACAGUUGUGUUCAGGUGUGUUUCAUUUGUGUUCAGUUGUUCUCAGGUGUGUUUCGGUUGUGUUAAGGUAUGCUCAGGUGUUUUUCACUUAUGCUCAGUUUUGCUGAGGUGAGUUCAGGUGUGUUUCAGUAGUGUUCAGGUGUGUUUCAGUAGUGUUCAGGUGUGUUUCAGGUGUGCUCACGUGCUCAGUGGUGAGCUUCUGUCAGGCUGCUCUUCCAGUCCUCGUGUACAGUGAUAAGACGCGUCAGCGCCGCGCCCGUGCAACACCUGCGCCCACGGUGGGAGGGAGGAUGGACGCGGAAGCUCGCUCUGGGCAGUCGGUGCGCGCGGCGGCAACAGUAGCAGCGACGGCGCGCGGCAGUGAUAAUGACGGUCACGGUAAGGCGCGUGAUCGCGCACCUGAACAGCUCUGAGCUGGUCGUGCGCUUUCAGCGAGCCUGCGGGCUGUAUCCCGCAGCGCGUGAGAAACUGAACGGGCACGCGCGGAGCCCCGGAGAGCAGCAACCGGUCAGGAACGGGACUACACACAUCACACACACCGGAAAGCACGAGAACAGCUGCUCAAGUGCUGGGUAUGAGGUGAGGAACUGGCCGCUGUACCUGCUGUUCGUGGUAUCGGCUACUCUGGGGAAUGAAGUUUUCUACAUUUCAUUCCUGCCCUGCAUCCACUGGAACCUUGACCCUUUUCUCUGUCGCCGACUCGUCAACAUGUGGGCUGUGGUGAUGUAUAUCGGACAGGUGAUGAAGGAUGUUCUAAAGUUGCCCCGCCCCACAGCGCCCCCUGUGGUGAAGCUGGAGUGGCGAGUGGACGCAGAGUAUGGCCUGCCCUCAACUCACGCCAUGGCAGCUACAGCCAUCUCCUUCACCCUGCUGCUAAGCGCACCUGAAAGAGUGCAGUUCCAGUUUGAGCUGGGUUUAGUUCUGGCUGUGGUUCUGUCAGGCCUUGUGUGUCUUAGUCGUCUCUAUACUGGAAUGCACUCCGCACUGGAUGUGAUCUGCGGAAUUCUUAUAUCAGCGCUGAUCCUGGGAAUAUCCUACCCGCACUGGAAAACUCUGGACUACCUGCAGCUGAACAGCCCCAUCUCGCCAAUCCUGACGCUACUGCUGCCCCUUUACUUGUGUUACAAAUACCCCGAGCUGGACCAUUACAGCACCACCCGGGAGGACACCACCAUCAUCCUUGGGGCCUCAGCUGGAUGCUCCGUGGGUUACUGGGCCAACCAACAGCUGGGAGUGACAUUCGAGCCUGCGGGGCCUUUCCCGGUGACCCUGGGCCCGGUCACGAUGCUGGGCAUUGCUCGAGGCAUGGCAAGGUUCUGUGUGGGACUGGUUAUACUGGUUCUGACCCGGCAGACGGUGCGGUCAAUCAGUCUGCGGUUGCUCUGCUGGAAUUAUGGCGUCGCGCUGGAUGAUGUCGAGGCUCGAAAGAGGAAAGAGAUCGAAGUUCCUUUAAAGUACAGCACGUACUCCGCCAUCGGGCUGGUGAACACCGUGCUGGUCUGCAGGAUCUUCAUGCUGCUGGAGCUGCUGUGACCUCUGAUGACCCUGAAUCUAGGAAAGAAAAGAAUAAUAUUCAGAAUAGCAGUUAAUGGGCAGGUCUUUCACCAGUAUCCAUUGUGCUUAACUUACCGGUAUACCUAUACAGUACCAGUCAAAAGUCUGGACACACCUUCUCAUUCAAUGUGUUUUUUUCUAUUUUCCUACAUUGUAAAUGAAUAGUGAAGUGAUCCAGACUAUGCAGGAACAAAUAAGGAAUCAUGUAGUAACUUAAAAGUGUUAAACACACCAAAAUAAUCUAUAAAUGAUUUAGGUGCUCUCAUCUGUGGAGCUGUUAACUUGCAGUUUCUGAGGCUGGUAACUCUGAUGAACUUAUCCUGUGCAACAGAGGAACUCUGUUUACUAUGAGGCACAGCUGUUAACUGAAAGCCAUUCCAGAUGAAUCUACCUCAUAAAGCUGACUGAGAAAAUCCAGAGACUUGCAAAUCUGUCAUCGAAUUAAAAGGUGCUACUUUAAAUAAUGUAAUAUAUAACACUUUUUGUUUACUGCGUAAUUCCAUAUGUUUUUCUUAAUAGUUUGGAUGACUAGUAUUAUAAAUAUUUAAAAAAUAGCUACUACUGUAACUACUACUGCAACUACUACUGUAGCUGCUACUGCAACUAUUACUGUAGCUAAUACUUUUGAAAACUACUUAAAGUAUAAAACUAAAAGUAAUAUUAGGGGAAAAAAUGCCAUUAAGAACAAAAGCUAAAGCCUCCCUGUGUCAGCUGCAAAUACAGCUCUGGAAAAAAAUAAGAGACCACUUUUUAUUUUGCCAAAUUAAAAAUCUCUGGAAUAUAAUAAUAAAAAAAAAAGAUGGAUGAUCACAAGCCAUCAAACCAAGCUGAACUGCUUGAAUUUUUUGCACCAGGAGUGGCAUAAAUUUGUUGAAAAGCAGUGUGUAAGACUGCUGGAGGAGAGCAUGCCAAGAUGCAUGAAACCUGUGAUUUCUGAAUAUGAACUUGUAUUCUUUAUAUUAUUUGAGGUCUAAAAUAUCUGCAUCCUUUUUAUUAUUUUAGCCAUUUCUAAUUUUCUGCAAAUAAAUAACAAUAUUUCUAUUUGGAAUUUGGGAGAAAUGUUGUCUGUAGUUUAAAUAAUAAAACAACAUGUUCAUUUUACUCAAACAUAAAUCUAUAAAUAGCAAAUUUAGAGAAACUGAUUCAGAAACUGAAGUGGUCUCUUAAUUUUACCCAGAGCUGUUUGCCUAUUGAAAAUUGUUGUAUUUUAGUACAAUGCACUGACGGCCUAAAUCAAGCUGCAUGAUUAACAACUCGCCUAUAGAUGAAGCUAAAAUAGGACCCUAACAAAUUAGCUGUAAAUAGAAAAUCCGUCCGGAGUGUGAGGACUUUGAUACAGAGUAGUUCAGCUAAUAAUGCUAAGAAGCUAGCUUCAUUACUUGUUAGCUCCACUAGCCUUGUAGCUUCAGGCCUGGCUAGUGGAGUACAUAAAGGUUAACGAGAGAAGGAGUGUGUAAAGUUGUUUAUUGCAUUAUUCAAUCACUAAACAACAUUAAUCAAUAAUAUUUUACACUGCAGGAUUUCUCUGUUAGCCAAAUAAUUUAACAUAAAACCUGGAUCAUAAUUCAGAGCUGUUUUUUUAGCUACAUGCUAACGCUCUGUUUACAUCAGUUGGAAUGUUUUAUCUGUAUUGCUCUCACAACAAUUUUUUUUUGUUAUUUGAGCUUUUAAAUCUCAGGUUUAUUUGAUACACUUGGACAAUAAUAGAAGAAAAUGUGUGAAUUUAUGAAUCUGUUAUAGAUUUACUGUAACAGGAAUGAAUAAAGGAGAAACAUUA